AUGGCGACACAACCAUCGUCCCAAUUUGCUGCCCUUUUGCGGCAGUCAAAAUUCGCGUCGUUUGACCCAGCAAUCGCGCAGGCUUACACUUCCUAUGGCGGACACGCCUACCGUGGCAACUUUGGUUUCAAACGGCCGCUGCCUGUUCGUCAUCGGAAUGCCACUGUAUUCGUUCAUGCCGUGGAUUCGAGGCAGCAGCAAACAGAAUGGAAAAGCGCGGAGCAACAGAGGAGGUGGAUCCAGAUGUGGGACGAGGUCGGGGCAACACCACAUGUCAGAGGGGGGAGUACAUGGUCGAACAAGCUGGGCCCUCUCGGCGAGAUCAGGUGGCAGGUGGACUCGGAGUUUGGUAGUUCGGAUUCAGGAGUGGACGACAGAGGUGUUGGAGCGGCGUUGACGGGCAAGAGCACCGCGGUCGCGAACAUUAAUGCCAUGCCGGAGAGGGAAUUCGAGCGUUACCUCGAGAAGCUACGCAAAAUGCGGCCAGCAUUCCGAGAGUACCUGAAGAAGCAUUUGGAGAAGGAGGGGCGCGGAUCCGUGCCGACCACGCUAUGGGAGCAAUCAAUUAAACCCAGGACGGACGAAUACCUCAAGGACUUCCGCGCUACGCAGGCGUACGAGGAGUAUAAAUCUCCCACUGCGACAUCCAUCGAGCAGCAGCCCCAGAAAAGCCCAGACGUGGACGGGUCCUCUCGCAGCUGCGGGACCGCUACGGGCCUUCCGAUUACAUCGCUGAAUUCGCCGGCAUGA